UUAGCAGAGGUCUGCACAGCUCAACGCUCAAAAUGCCUGGGUUACUUAAGCUGCUCCUCUUCCUGCUAUGAGUGGAAAGUGCUACAAACGGACAUAAACAUGUUCAACAGCAGACAUCCUAGACUCAGCAAAAGAGGAAGACUAUGGGGAUUGUGCAUCCUUUUGCUUUACACCAACCCCCUUUCCUGUUUGGCAAAUUUCAGUCAAGCAAAAGAGCUCAUCUAUAAGAUAAAGGAGGGAUUACCAAGGGGGACUUUUAUAGGGGCUAUUGGAGUAGAUUUAAAUUUGGAUUUCUCUGUUGACCCCCCCUUUAUAUUUAGUCUCACUCAAAAGAAGGUCAGUGAACAGUAUGUGAACCUAAAUAAUACCACCGGGGAGCUUUACACAUCUGCUACAGAGAUUGACAGGGAGACUCUCUGUGCUGAUAACUUAGAGGGGCAGGGAUGUGUCCUCUCACUGGAUGUGUUUGUGCUGCCUCAACAAUACUUUCAGCUUGUCAAAGUAAAGAUUUUAAUUGAGGAUGUUAAUGACAACAGGCCAAAGUUUCCCACGGAUGAGAUCACUAUGUCUGUCCCUGAAAACACACCAAUCAAUGCUCGCUAUGCAGUAGAGCAAUCGGCAGUUGACCCAGACCUGGGUCCUCAUGGAGUGCAAACCUACUGGCUGGUUAAUGACUUUGGAAUGUUCACAUUGGAUGUUGAGGAGAAUGAAGGAGGUGAGCUGACGCCUUUCCUCAUAGUGACAGAAGCUUUGGACCGAGAGACUCAGGCGGAAUACAUUACCGAUAUAAUUGCAGAGGAUGGGGGGACCCCUCCUCUACUUGGCGCUGCGACUUUGAAAAUUGUCAUCACGGAUGUGAAUGAUAACUGUCCCCAAUUCAAAGAGUCACAAAUUAAUGUCACUCUGCAUGGGAAUACCACCAAAGGGGUACAUUUGGCACGUCUGCAUGCUUUUGACCCUGACCUUGGUGCUAAUGCUCAGAUCAGCUAUGCUUACAGUGAACGCGUGCCAAGGGACACCAGGAGCUUGUUCCAUUUGGACAAAAUUACAGGAGUGAUCAAGCUCGGAGGGAAAAUAGACACUGGCACAGCCACAUUUUACAAACUCACUGUUCUGGCUACUGGACCUGGUUGUAUUCCUGCUGUAGCCACUGUUACUGUCCAUAUCAUCAAAGUUGUCACUGGACCCCCUACUGUCAUACCCCGGUACAUUGCGCCAGAAAAAGAUGGGGUGGUAACAAUAAAGGAAUCUGAACCAGCUUUUUCUCCAAUUGCUUUUUUUACUGUUAAAAACAUUGAUAAGAACCAAAGGGUGGACUGUUAUUUAGAAGGACCUGGUCCCUUCAGGCUGAGCCCCUAUCAGCUGUUCAAGAAUGAAUACCUGUUGGAGACAACAGAGCCCUUGGACUUUGAGAGGACACAGGAGUAUGAUCUUAUUUUGGUUGCUAAUAGCACCCGUGGGAUAGUUAUCAAGACCUUUCUUAAAGUGCAAGUUUUGGAUGAGAAUGACAAUGCCCCUGUGUUUCAGCAGUCUUUGGUGGAGAUAUCAGUUGAAGAAAACAAUCCACCAAACACUUUUCUCACUCAGCUCCAAGCGUCAGACCAGGACAGCGAAAGCAGAGGGGAAGUUCUUUACCUCCUCGGAGGCGAUGCCCCUGGAAUUUUUGUUGUGGAUCGAGUUACAGGUAUCCUGACUGUGGCCACAUCGCUGGACCGUGAGGAGAAAGAGACAUACCGGUUAAUCGUGAGAGCGGUGGACCAGGGGACACCCAGGAGGGAGGCAAUUGCAACAGUGGUGGUGACCGUGCAAGAUCGCAAUGACAACAGUCCCCGAUUCAUCAACAAGGAUUUCACUUUCUUUGUGCCAGAGAACUUCCCAGGUUACGGUGAGAUCGGUGUCCUCUCUGUGACUGAUGCUGAUGCUGGGGAAAAUGGCUGGGUGGCCCUCUCCAUCCUGAAUGGCAGUGACAUUUUUAUGAUUGACACAGGCCGAGGGGCACUGAGGGCAAAGACAUCACUGGACCGGGAGCAGCAGGGGACCUACCAGCUAUGGAUUGAGGCUGUUGAUGGUGGGGAGCCUGCUCUCUCCUCUGUCACAAUGGUUACCGUGCUGCUGCUGGAUGUAAAUGACAACCCACCAAUCGUCCUCUUUCCUCAGUCGAAUCAGUCUUACAUGCUAGUGCUGCCCAACACUGUACCAGGAACGUCAAUCACAGAGGUGUACGCUGUGGAUAAAGAUACAGGGAUGAAUGCUGUGAUCGCCUACAGUAUCAUUAAAAGGAAAGGCGGUGAGCCCGGGUCUUUUGCCAUUGACCCAGAAACAGGAAAUAUCACAUUAAAGAGGGAGCUCAGCAAUCGUGGCCUAUACAGCCUUCUGGUGAAGGUCAGUGAUCAUGGUCAACCUGAACCGCUGUACUCAACAGUCAUGGUUAACUUCUUUGUCAAUGAAACAGUGAGUAAUGAAAGUUACAUUCAAAGUCUGCUGACCAGAGAGGCUGACAUAGAGGUAGAGGAGAGGCCCUGGUACAUUGGCCAGAUGGCAGAGGGGCCUGAGAGGUAUGAGCCGUUCCCGUGUCAGCCUGUUCUCAUUGCUCUUUCAGUGACGUGUCUGGGGCUGUUCUUCUUGGUUGUCACGCUGACAUCUUACAUAUGCUGUAGGAGGUUUAAAAAGAACAGGAUGAAAAGAUCAGAAGUGGAAAUACCUUUAAAAAUUCAAAAUGACUCCAUGCAGGUUGUGAACAGAAAGCUCAGACAGAUCUCAAACAUCUGAUGUUCAGUUGUUUACUCGUUCAAAAAAAAAAAAAAAACACCACCACUGUUUACAUGAAUGUUUACAAAACUCACUGUAAGAACUUUCUCUUACAUGAAGUUCCUCUUUUGGGUUUUUGUCAUGAUUGUUUUUUGUCAAAUGCCACCGCUUUCUGUCAACUGUUGGCAGGCAGCAACGGUGUCAUUACAAAAACAUCACAGUAACUCAGUGAAUAUUACCAAGGUCCCAUGUAAAUACUGUAUAAAAAGAUUUACAACUUUAUAUACAAGUUUUGCAUUUGAUUGGUAAGGACAAGAGACACUGCUUUAGAGAAAAAAAUGCAUCUCUUUACACCAUCUGUCACUUGUAUCGGUUAUACAAAUAUUAUUGAAAAAUGAAUGUAUUUCCAAGUUAAAUGUUUAUCUAUAUUCAUGAGGUAACCGUGAGGUCUGUAAUACAGAAAAGGGCAAUCAAAGUGAAUUGGAAAAGCUAACACAGAAUACGUGAAUGCCAUAAAACGUCAUUCUAUACACGACAACCGCAAUGACAACAGACCAAACUAGACUAACAAACAAACUAGACGUCUCUUCCCAGAGUUUUCACUUGUGUCUUACUUUCUACUUUUGCUCAGUUGUUGUGCAAUGAUAUAGUAAAUGUAAAUGAUAAUUGAGUGACAUAAUGUUCCAGAAAAAAAAGCUUGUAGGUGCACCUUGAGUUUUUUUUUUUGUUUGUUUGUUUGUUUGUUUUUGUCCUCUUUUCUUUUCUUUUUAUCAAUAAAAAUUCCGCACAGCUGUUGUGCCAAAUCAGCACAACAACAAAAAAUCACAUUUUCAUCACUUUGCUACUGGAACUGUGUCCAAACGUGUCGAAAAAGCUACUUUUAAGUUAAAUACAUCACUUUCCUUUAUAGAGUCAUGCAAUUCUCAAUGUGUCUGUGAAAAUAUGCAAGUGUUUGUGAUAGACUGUUUGUAACUAUUAAAGAUACUUUAUUUUUAUAAUA